CACACACUUACACACACACAGAGUGCAGUGAACGCGCACACACAAGCGCGUGCUUCUGCCCACUGUCCCACAGACCCGCACUGGCAUCGCAGAGGGCAGCCCCUCUUUCUCUCUCUCUCUUUCUUUCUCUCUCUCUCUCUCUCUCCUCUCCAUACUGUUCAGUCUUCAGUGCAGCUUGAAUUACACUGUACCUCUGCGGAUCACCUCGUACCUCCAUCACCUUCAUCCUGAGCAUCAGAAGCACCUCAACCUGACGAGAGGAGGAGCCAGAUUCAGGUCCAUUUGACCCACACUCAGGAUUGAGGACUCUUGCUAAUGUUGAAAAGCUUCUUCGAUCUCAGUUGAAGCUUUCCCAAAGCAGGUUUUUUUUGUGGACCCAAAAAUAAAAGCAAACUCACACACGCCUCAGACACAGAAAGUCAGCAUGGCGACGACGGGCAUGCAGCUCCUGGGAUUGGUCAUGUCCAUCAUCGGCUGGGUGGGCGGCUUCCUGGUGUGUGUGCUGCCCAUGUGGCGCGUCACGGCCUUCAUCGGUAACAACAUUGUGACGGCGCAGAUCACGUGGGAGGGCUUGUGGAUGAACUGCAUCGUGCAGAGUACUGGCGAGAUCCAGUGCAAGGUGUACGACAGUAUGCUGGCGCUACCCAGUGACAUGCAGGCGGCGCGUGGCCUCACCGUGCUCUCCAUCCUGCUCUGCACCCUGUCGCUGGCCCUCGGCGUACUGGGCAUCAAGUGCACCAAGUGUGUGGGUCAGCCGAGCUUGGAGGCGCGGCUGGCUCGCAUUUCCGGUAUACUCUUCGCCAUUGCAGGGUUCCUCUACCUCGUGCCUGUGUGCUGGACGGCCCACUCCAUCAUCAAGGAUUUCUACAACCCAUAUGUGGCGGCGCCGCACAAGCGUGAACUCGGCCCUGCGCUCUACCUGGGCUGGGGAGGCUCGGGCCUGCUGCUCAUCGGCGGAUCGCUGCUCUACGCUGGCUCCAGCCCACCUGGCAUCCCCUCAUCACCUACCUUCAGCAGCGGAGAGAGCAGCCCACGCCGGGCCGGGGGAAGCACGCAGGUCAAAGGUUACGUUUAACGAGCGACACCGACUGCAGUCGAGCCCAUACCAAUCCCCUCUGCUAGUUUUCCCCAUCGUCAUACAUUCCAGUUAAUGUUAAUGUAUUUUUUAUUAUUCACUGCUAGUGUUAAUGCCUGACUCUAGGCAAUGGAGGGUGUGAAGAAAAAAAGUGUAAUUAUUUAGUUUUUCAUCCUCUUGUGUCAUCAUAUAACCCUGUGUCUCUCUCUCUCUGUAUUUAUUCAUGUAUGGAAAAAAAUAAAGACAUCCUACAAAGUC